AGGCCUGCGCCAGCGCACGCCGCUCACGCGCGGACUCGCCAGCGCCAACGGCUCCGCGUCAGGAGGACGCUCCCGCAAAGGACAGCCCCUUGGCAGAGGACCUGCCCGUGCUCGCGGUGCUCAAUCACGCAACCUGCGUGGAGGAUCUGAAGGUUCUCCCUGGCAUCGGGCCGAAGAGCGCCGCCGCCAUCCUGGCGCACCGGCAGAGGGGGGGGCAAGCCUUUGGUCGGCUGGAGGACCUCGUGACAGUCGUCGGGCUCGGACGUCCUGCAUUAAGAAAGCUGCAGGCCAAGAGCAUCUGAUGACGGUGGAGCGUUGGAUGUGCAUGCCCGCCGCAAGGAGGGGAAGGGGGGGGAAGUGUGUUCCCGUC